AUGGACCGGGCACGGGUGGCCAGCCGGUCGCGUGGCAGCGGCUCGUCUCAGCGCCGCAGCCAGUCAUCCAUGUCCCCUGCAGCAGCUGCAGGGCCAACAGCCAUCGAGGGGACCGCAAACACAAGCGAGCAGGCCACUCAGGCCGCAGUGCCGUCAUCGCUCAGCUCGCUCUCACCUGCCUCUCAAACUCAGCCUCAACCAGGCCAGCUCGGCCGUGGUCGACCGCGGGCCCGGCUCGGCUCAACCCCUUCCUCGUCAUCACCCCCUACCCUCAGCCGGUUCUCAGACCCUGCUCAGUCUCGGCUCCACUCUCUCCCUCCCCUGCUGCAGUCGUCUGAUCGACCAAGGUCGUUUCCUUCUGCUGCCACCACCACGACUACCAUCGCUUCUGUGCUCUUUCAGCCCUUUACGUCCUCGCCGCCCGUCUCACCUACCAUGCCGUCCCGACGAGACAGCAUGCGGACGCGCUCGCGUGCCGCUGGGCCCGACACCCCUGCUCGCAGCCAGAGCCAUGAUGCCGGUGUCGCCGAGGAGGACGCUGUCUCCAAGGGCGGCCAUUCGCUGCGUCGCCGCACGCGCAUCGAUUACAACCACAUGGAGCACGGGGACGCCAUCGAUUUUCUGCAGGGCGUUGCCAAUGCCAAUGCCAGUGCUAGUGUUGGAGCCCAUUCUGGAGCCCAAGCCACCACAACGACCACCUCGGCUGUCGGCAAUGACCAGCCGUCGUCGACUCGUGGUAGGAAGCGCAAGUCGGUCUAUGCGGACACUCAUCAUCACCAUCAGGCCGACGAGGCUGCGUCGUCGCCGGCGCCGGCUGCCGUGACGAAGAAGAUUCGCCUGGUCAACCACAACUAUACGCCCUCGUCAGCUGCAGCCACGACCGGCACCACGACCACGUCCGUGCUCAUCAGCAAUGGCAGCAACUCUGGCAGCACCGGCAACAACGCCGGUUCCACCGCCGCCAGCUCAGGUGCCAACGACGCCAGCAGUACCGGCAGCACAACCGGCGGUACCGCUAACACAAGCCACGAUGCCGGCAGCGUGACCACGCCAGCACCGGUGAGCCGUCGCGGCCGCACUUUGCAGCGCAAAGCUACGGCCGUCGUGGACGCCCCUCCGGCGCCUCCGUCGUCGCAGUCGCACGCGUCAACGCCGCACUCAGACGGCAUCGUCGUGCAGGACACUAUCGAGGUCGGCAGUCCCGUCAGCAGCGAUACGGAGCAGGAUUCGUCGUCGGCGGCCAGCGUCACGCCUCCUGAGAAGCCGAAGCCAACGGCAGCGGCUGUCUGUCCUCCGGCGGCCUUUGGCGGCAGCCUCUCGCGUCCACCCCCCAUCACCAUUGUGCGGACGCCGCGGUCAUCCGGCUCGUCGUCGGUUCCUCUGGACGCCAAGUCGCUGCAUCCGCCUAGCACAAGCGGCAAGGCCUCGCGUCCACGACGCCAGUCGGUGCAGUUCACUUCUUCGUCCACGCCUUCUGCUGCUGCUGCUUCUGCUGUUCCCAGCUCCACGGCAGCAGAGGCCAAGCCGCUUCCGACGGUUGAGAGCUCGCCCGAGCCGGUCGCCCGUCGACACCGGCGGCUGAUGCUACGGCUGCCGUACGGUCGUAACCGCUCGCCGCCCACAGUCUUUCCCAUCUCGUCGGACGAGGACGAGGAGCGCUUCGAAACGUACCUCGCCACUAGGGCUGCCGAUGCCAGAGCCACGACUGCUAAGGCGGCAGCAAAGGACGACGACUUGCCUCCUCCAGAAGAGCCAACUAAGACGGAGGAUGCAGAAGCAGAAGCAGAUACAGAUGCAGACGCAGACGCAGUGGCCACUGCGGACGUGAAGACAGACGAGGCCACUGCAGUAGCAGAAGAACCGUCACGGCCGGAAUCGGUUCCCAAGGCCGAGAGACGCGAGUCGCCUGUGCGCGUGUCAGAACAGACACCUGUACAGCCAGCUACUGCGGAUGGCCCGACCGAGACGAAGAACGAGCCGCCGUCGGCCAGUUCGGAAACGGUGACGGUCUCGAACAACAACCAGGCCGACGGGCCCGUCGUGGCGGACGAGCCGAAAAAAGAGACGGCAGCGACAAUACCAGCGGCUGCGGCUGUGGUCGGCAGCCCCGAAGAAGAGCACAAGCUCACAGAGCCUUCGCCACUCCGGCCAAUGACUCGGCGCAUGAGCACGCGUAUCGCCUCGGCCCAUGCAGCAAGCGAGCCAAAGCACAAGCCGGCGUCUGCUGCCACUGCCAAGACAGGAGGGGCGGGCACGGUACAAUCUGCGGUUGCAUCUUCCACAUCUGCUUCAUCUGCCGUUGCCGGUAGGAAGGACAGCAAGCCGCCGCGGCCGUGGGAGCUGCUGACGCCGUUCACGGGCGAGAACCUGUACUACCCGGAACAGUUUGGCGUGCCUGUAGCAGUCGUGGCGCCUGCCCGCAGCAUCGAGCAAGCGAUGGCCGAGCCGGCCGACGCAAGUGCUGCUAACGAAGACGGAACGACAGUUGCAUCGCAGAACAGCAACGGUAGCGUCGUGGAGCACGACGAAGAGUAUGAGGCGUCGCAGGGAAAGACGCCAGAUGGCGGCUCACCGGCGGAGGCAGGCGAGAGUGGUAGUGCUGGUGCUACUUCAGUCACUUCUGCUCCUGCCGCUCCUGCUCGCAUUCAGACACUGUCGGCAAAGGCCAAGACGAUGACAGAAGACGGGACAACGCCAAUGUGGAAGAAGAGAUACCGGUUCAAGAAGAUCCGGGACCCUAAGGAAUUUGUGGAAGCACUCAAGGACCACAAGAACAUGAGCACAGAGGAGCUGUUUGCGUGCCUGGCGCGCGUCAACGAGAGCCUGGUGGCAUGGCAGGACGAGUACAAGUUUCUGCGGGGGAUCGCAGACGACGAGGAGAAUGCGGUGCGAAGACGACAGCAAGACGCGACGUUUGAGAACCGGACAGCACUGGCGAUCAAGCGCGGCAACGUCGACUCGGAGGUGGUGGAGCGCGACUUUGUGGUCAAGGGGAUCCGGGCGGCCGAGACGACGACGGACGUGGUAAAGCAGCGGGCGAAGAAACAGGACCGGUUGAUGUCGCAGGUGUACCUAUUUGAGUACGACGCCCGCGACUCCAUGGUGGGACGGCAAGACCCGGUGGCCCAGCGCCAGGGGCUACAGAACACGCGGCUACGCAACCGGCCGAAGCAGACGCUGAAGGCAGCCGAGGCCGAGGCGGCAGACGAUCUGGUGGGCAGCGGUGGUGGUGGCAACGGCAACGGCAACAGCAACGGUGCGAACGGUGGCAACAGCAGCGGCAACAACAACAGCAGCAGCUUUGUGGGUCUCGGCCGACGGACGCGAAGACGAAAGACGAUGGAUGACGAGAGCCGGGACAACAGCCGGGCUGGGACGCCGGUAGCAUCAGCAGCAGCAGCAUCUUCAACGACGGUGACAUCACAGCGAACUCGUCGACGCGGAGGUGAUAUUUCGAGUGAUGGUAAUAAGAAUUCGGCGGCGACGGAAGCCGGAGCAGCCGAUGGGGGGUCACCGAUGACGACGCCGAAACGCGGUCGCCGCAGCCGUGUGGUCAAGAGCCUGUUGUCGGAAUCGGUGGCGGCCGACGAGAUCGACGAGCAGGACGAAGACCAAGAUCAGGACCAGGACCAGGAUCGGGACAUGCCGCCGCCACAGGAGAAGCCAACACCACAACAGAACCGGCGAAAGCGACGUCGGGGACCAGGCAGCGCCGAGAAGGGUGGUGGUGGGAUCAACGGCAGCAACCCGCGACGGACUCGCAUCACCGUGGUGAAGCGGGAUGCCAACGGAGCCAACGGCCACCUGGGCGAGAUCGGACCGGACCGGUUCUACUCAGAUCCGUUUGCAGUCAAAGCCGGGGGCAAGAACAGCAGCUCACGGCCGUCUUCUUCGUCUUCGGAUGACACGGCCGGCACGGCCGAUUCGAGCUACUCGCUGCGGCCAAAGCGUCGUCGACAGUUUCUCGACGAGGACGACGAAGACGAGGAUGGUGGGGACGAGAACGGCGGGGACGAAAACGACAUGGCCGAGACGACACGUCCACCGGCCAAGAAGCAGCGACGACGUCGGAUAGCCACCGGAAACAACAGCAACAACGCGAGCAACGGGUACGCCGCCACGACGACGACAGCAGCAGCGACAGCGAUGUCGGGCAGCAGCGGACGGAAUGCCGGAGCAGCAGCCAUGGGCAGUGGUGAUGCGUCUCAGCGUCACGGCAGCAACGGGAUGCCGCUGGACCUGUUCUCAGCGACAUAUGCACACCACCACCACCAACAACAACAGCAGCAGCAGCAGCAGCACUACCAAGCCCACCAGAACUACCAGAGCCAUCAGGGACACCGGCCGGCCGCCUUGGCUCCAGCGCCGCCUGGCUCUGGCCGUCAGCGGACGACGUUUAAGAUCAAGAACUACACGCCGGCCCCGGUGGCCUCGUCUACGGGCUUGCAGGCAUUUACGCAGAUGAUGCCCAACAGCGGACAUGGUGUCCACAACGGCCACAACGGCCACAGCAGCCACCACAGUCACGGCGGGUACGGCAGCGCAGCACGCGGCCUCGUUGCCGGAGACAGCCCGGUGGCCAUGGCGCAUCAGAGCGGUAGUGGUGGUGGCAGUCGGGCUGACAGCGGCGGCAACGUCAGCGGAGCGGACGACGGGAAGGACUACCGGCAGAUGACCAAGAGCGAGAAGAUGAGCCAUUCGAUGAAAACUCGUUGGGCAAAUGGCUCCAUGCAGGCCGCCGUGGCCAAGCGCAAGGCCACGCUGGCAGCAAAGAAGGCUGCCGCACAACAAGCCGCACAGCAGGCCACCGUGGCCCCCACGCCGACACCGUCUGCUGCCGCCACCCCUGCGACCACGACAACACCGCUGGGCGCCGGCAGCCCGGUCGACUAUCCCGGUCCUGGUGGCGACCGUCUCGGACUCGGCGCCGAUGACAGCGCCCUCUACUACGACCGGCCGCUGAUCUAA